AUGAAUUCGUCACUUCGUUAUCCGUACGUUCGUCGCAGCACUACCCAUGUGGACGGUGCUGCUCUACAGCAUCUUUUAUUGAACGAACGAAUAUGGCGGAAUGCAUUCGCCAAGGGACCCAAAGACGUCGAAUCAGGCAAACAGACGAGAUGGACGACAGUGCUCGGCUACUUAGUCUACGAGAAAUCACGAAUUCACUACCUGAUUCCUAUUAUUCUAUUAUUCGCCUACUCGCUAUUAGGCGGUCUCAUAUUUUGGUCAAUUGAACGCUCACAUGAAGAAGUCCUACUAACGGAUAAG